AUGAAAAGGAGGGAGCUUUUAGUCAAGCUAUUGGAGACUUGCUGCAGUAAGAUAUCAACUACACAGUUGCACUCACAGUGUUUGAAAGUGGGUCUUGCCCAUGAUAGUUUCAUUGUUACCAAGCUUAACGUGCAUUAUGCUAGAUAUGCAUCACUUUGUCAUGCCCAUAAGCUGUUUGAAGAAACACCUUGUAAAACUGUCUAUCUAUGGAAUGCUUUGCUUAGGAACUAUAUUUUGGAGGGAAAAUGGAUAGAGACGCUAUCUCUGUUCCAUCAAAUGAGUGCCGAUGCAGUGUCAAUUGAGGAAAGACCUGACAAUUACACACUGUCUAUUGCUUUAAAAUCAUGUGCUGCCUUACGGAAGCUUGAGCGAGGGAAAAUGAUUCAUGGAUUUCUCAAGAAGGGGAAGAUAGAUAAUGACAUGUUUGUAGGGUCUGCUCUCAUUGAGUUGUAUUCGAAGUGUGGACAAAUGAAUGAUGCUGUGAAAGUGUUUACGGAGUACCCAAAACCAGAUGUGGUUUUAUGGACUUCAAUAAUUACUGGGUACGAGCAGAGUGGAAGUCCUGAACUUGCACUUUCUUUUUUCUCCCGAAUGGGUGUGUUGGAGCAAGUAAGUCCUGAUCCAGUAACACUUGUUAGUGCCGCUUCUGCCUGUGCUAAGUUAUAUAAUUUUAACCUUGGAAGAAGUGUACAUGGAUUUGUAAUACGAAAGGGUUUUGACACUAGGGUAUGUUUGGUCAAUUCUAUGCUAAAUAUGUACGGAAAAAUCGGUUCCAUCAAGAGUGCAGCCAAUUUGUUCGGCCAAAUGUCGAACAAGGAUAUUAUAUCAUGGAGCUCAAUGGUUGCAUGUUAUGCUGAUAAUGAAGCUGAAACCAAGGCAUUAGAUCUUUUCAACGAAAUGAUAGAGAAGAGAAUGGAACCCAAUAAGGUUACCGUGGUUAGUGCCUUGCGAGCUUGUGCUUCCAGUUCAAAUUUGGAAGAAGGUACGCAUAUUCAUAAAUUAGCAUUCAAUUAUGGUUUUGAGUUGGAUAUCACUGUCUCUACUGCUCUUAUUGACAUGUACAUGAAGUGUUUUUCCCCUGGAAAAGCAAUUGACCUUUUCAACAGAAUGCCCAAGAAGGAUGUAGUUUCUUGGGCUGUUUUAUUUAGUGGCUAUGCUGAAAUUGGAAUGGCACACAAGUCCCUGCAGGUUUUCUGCAACAUGCUAUCUAAUGGGACAAGACCUGAUGCUAUUGCUGUUGUGAAGAUUCUUGCUGCUAGUUCAGAAUUAGGAAUUCUUCAACAAGCUGUAUGUCUUCAUGCUUUUGUGACUAAAAGUGGAUUUGAAAAUAAUGAAUUUAUUGGAGCGUCAUUUAUAGAGUUGUACGCAAAAUGUGGUAGCAUAGGUAAGGCUAACAAGGUUUUCCAAGGAUUGACACAUAAAGAUGUUGUUACCUGGACCUCAAUAAUUUCAGCUUACGGAUUCCAUGGGCAAGGAGAAGAGGCAUUGAAAUUAUUUUACCAGAUGGUUAAUCAUUCAGAUGUUCAGCCUAACGAUGUAACCUUCGUUUCAAUUCUAUCUGCCUGUAGUCAUGCAGGUUUGAUUGAAGAUGGGAUAAAGAUGUUUCAUGUCAUGGUGAAUGAGUACCAAUUGAUGCCCAGUUCUGAACAUUACGGGAUAAUGGUUGAUCUUCUUGGUCGAAUGGGAGAGUUGGAUAAGGCUUUGGACUUGAUUAAUGACAUGCCCACGCAAGCUGGGCAUCAUGUAUGGGGAGCCUUACUUGGUGCAUGUCGUAUACAUCAAAAUAUAAAGAUGGGGGAGCUUGCAGCUCAGAAUCUUUUCCCCUUAGACCCUAAUCAUGCAGGUUAUUAUAUACUCUUGUCAAAUAUAUAUUGCGUGGACAAGAAUUGGCAUGAUGCAGCAAAACUCAGGACACUGAUAAAGGAAAAUAGGUGGAAGAAGAUUGUUGGUCAAAGUAUGGUUGAGAUAAAGAAUCAAGUUCACAGUUUCAAAGCUGGUGAUAGAUUUCUUGGUGAAUCUGACCAGAUAUAUGAAAUGCUGAGACAGUUAGAUGCAAAAAUGAGGGAUGAAGGUUAUGAUCCUCCAGUACUGACAGCGGAAAUACAGUUCUAG